AUGAGUGAACGAGAUUUAGUACAUCAUUACAAGGUAUUAAAACAAUUUCUUGAUAUAUCAGAUGAUCAACAAACAAGAUCAAAAUCAACUUCAUCAAGAGCUCAAAGAGCAAGAGAAAAAUUAUUAAAAUUAUCAUCUGCACAAUUUAAAGAAUUAAGUACUGAUGUUUAUGAUGAAUUAAAAAGAAGAAUUGAUGAAAGUAGAGGAGAACCUGAUUAUCUUUUACCAAAACAAUCAUUUCAUCCAAAAAGAAAUCAAGCAAGACAAAAAUUAGCUUCAUUACCUCAAACAAGAUUUAAAGAUUUAGUUGCUGAUAUAUCUUUUGAAAUUGAAAGAAGAGGUCUACAUAUUGAUAAUCAACCACAGCCCCAACAACAACAACAUAUCUCACAUAAUCAGCGUCCAUCUAUAUCUUCAAGUCAUAGUAAUCAAAACAAUAAUAACAAUUAUAAUAAUACAGGAUCAUAUCAUGAAAGAAAAAAUUCAGUACCUUCAUUACAUCAUAGUUUGUCUGAUAAUAAUAAUAACAACAAUAACAAUAACAAUAACAAUGGAAUCCGUCAUAGUCGUCAAGCUUCACGUCAAUUAAGUAGUCAUUUACCAUUAAUGGAAGAACAACAACAAAAAGGAGAAGACUUUAAAAAACCAGAAGAUAAUACGACUUCAAGCAAAAAUAUUAAUUCGGAUACUCCAAAUCAAAUUGGUAUUCAACCAACCACUGUUGUUCCAACAAAGGCCAAUUUAACUUGGUCAAGUGAUGAAGAAGAAGAUGACGAUGAUGAACAUAACAAACAUAAUUCAAGUCCUUCACAUACAAAUGGUCAUCAUAGUAAUGGAUUGAAUGUAAAUAAAGAACUUGAAGAAAAGAAUGACAUACUUAAAGAAUUAGAAAAUCAAUUGGAAGAAUAUAAAACUCAAUUUACCAAUUUACAAAAUGAAAAAAAUUCUUUAACUGAAAAACUUUCUUCAUUACAAGAUGAUUAUGAUUAUUCAGUAAAACAAAAUAAAUCAUUAAGUGAAGAAUUAGAAUCAUUAGGUCAAGAAAAAGAAAAUUGGAUUUCAAAACAUGAUGCAUUAAGUAAAUCAAAAAAUAAUAACAAUAAAGUCAAAGAUGAAUUUGAAAAGAUUAAAUCAAUGAAUGCACAAUUAAGAUUAGAAAAUCAAGCUUUGAAAAAUGCAUCACCAGUUAAUAGAUCAUCACAAAUUAUGAAUAAAUCUGGUAAUUCACCAACAGCAACAAAAUUAAAAGUUUCUGAUAAUAAUAUUAAUGAAUUUUUAGAUAAGUUAGAAAAUAUUCAACCAACAAAUCCUGCGACUAACUUAUCAACUCUUGAUUUAAAAAAUCAAGUCAAACUUUGGCAAAGAAGAUAUGAAGAUUCAAGAUCAAAAACUAUUGCAAAUGAUAUUAAAAAAUCAGCAUUAUCUAAAUUUGAAUUAAAACCAUUAAUUUCACUUCAUGGAUUAAUUUCAAUAAAAUUAGUAAGUGAUGCUCAAGCUUUACUAGAAUCUUUCUUGUUAUAUAUAAAUGGUGAUAAUGUUGAUCCUAAUAUAAUGUUUGAAAAAAUUUCAAAAUUAGCACAUGUAUUAAAUGAAGUUGCAACUCAAGGUGAUAAUCAUGUACCAAAUAGUAAUGAACAAUCAGUAUUAUUGCGUGAAGCUGCUGCUUAUGCAUUAACUUCUGCAAGAUAUCACGCAACUUACAAAACUUUAUUUCCAAAAUUUAUUGUUGAGAAAGCAUUAGGUGAAAUGAGUUGUAUUUUGUGUGAAUUAAUAUCAGUUUCAAAAUUAAAUGAAAAAUCAACAAAUUUAAGAAAACUUGAAGUUGAGAAAAAACCAUCAGCUAAUAUAAUUCAUGAGAACUUUGGUGUAAGACCUUUGAAAAUGGCCAAUAAAUUAAAAGCCACAGGUAGUAAUAAUAAUAGUGUUUUGGAAAGCAAUAGUAAUUCUCCUAAUCGUGGAUCAACCAAUCAAUUUCCUCAAAAUAAAUCAGUAACUAACUCAAAUACAUCCUCACCAGAACAUAAUAUAAAAAAGCUAGAUGAUAAAAGUCCUUUUUUAGAUCAAUCAAGAGAAAGGGCUAAACAACAAAAAAUCCCAAAUGCAUUAAAUAGUAAAUUUUUACAAAAGGAAAGUGAUAAUGAUAAUUCUUUUGGAUCUCAAAAUGAAAAUACUAAUGACACUAAUGAAAGUAUAUCAAGAGUUAAAGUUGAAAGAAGUCCAAAUUUAAAUGAAAAUAAUUCUUUUGGAAGUAUUGGUCAAAAAAUUGAAAAUACAUCGGGAGAAUAUUCAACUUCCAAAUCCCCAUCACCAGCUAAAAAGUUAAGUCUUUUAGAUAGAGUUAAACAAUUUGAAUCUUCACCAGAUCAAGGGAGGACAGCCAACAACAAAAAUGAUGAACCAAGACAACUUGCUGAUCCAUUUACUGUAAAUCGUUCUUUGUCAAAAGAUGAUGGUAAAAGGGAAGCAAAAGAUGGUGAGGAAAAAGGAUCAAAUUCUUCUGAUAGUGCUGAAUCUGGUGGUGGUUCAUUGUUUGCUGGUAGAGGGAAAGGAAUUUUCCAAUCAUUAAGAGAAAAAUUUGCUGGAGAACAAACAUCAGCUAAUGCAGAAAGUAAAAAGGAGGAAGAACCUGAAGUUGAACAACAACCCCCUAGAAAUGUACAAGAUAAAUCAAUAUCUACAAUUACUCAUCAAAAUACUCAAUUAAAUAAAAAUAUUACAUCUGGAGAAGAUACCAUAAAAUCAGACCAAAGAUCUAACUCACAAGAAGAAGAAGAAGAGGAUAAUGCAACAAUAAGAGUAAUAAAUCCAAAAGUUAGAAUAGCAGAACCAGAUGAUGAUGAAGAUGACGAAGAAGAACAAGCUAGAAGACAUAAACAAGAAUAUAGAAGAUCAAUGGCAGCAGCAACUUUUAAUGUAAAUUUAUUUGAUAUUGAUGAUCCAGACAAUACUUUAACUCAAGUUUUAUUAUAUUUAGAACAUCAAACAGUUGAAGUUAUUAAUACAAUUCAAACUUUAUUAGCUGCUAUCAAGAAACCAAAAGCAACCAGAGGAGAAUUAAGAGAAAAAUCAAAAGCUAUAGUUUCAGUUAUAUCACAAAUGACAGAAGCAACAAACACCUCCAUGAAUCAAACAAGAAAUGCUCAAUUAAAAGAACAUGGUAUAUGGGUAGUUGAAUCAUUAGAAGAUUGUUAUCAUAGAAUGAUUAUAUUAUGUAAAAAUUCAGAUAAAAUUGAUCUGGAAUUUGCUGAUAAAAAUUUUAAACAAAGAUUAGCUGGUAUAAGUUUUGACAUUGCAAAAUGUACAAAAGAAUUGGUUAAAACUGUUGAAGAAUCAAGUUUAAAAGAAGAUAUUGCUUAUUUACACGCAAGAUUAGGUGAUACCGCAAAUCAUGAAGUUGAUGAUGAUGAUUUGACUUGA